AUGUUCUCUUUCAUCACUGCUCUUAUUGCAUCGACUUCUGUUGUCAAUUCCAUCACCAUUACUGUUCCUCAAGGCCACCACAGCAUGACCAUACCAUGGCCCAAGAUUCCAACCAACAUCUGGCCUCCGCAUGCCGCUACUAGCAGUCUGUGGAUCAAUCCUCCAGAAAUGGCUAUCGAGGAACGUGGCAAGUACCACCAGACUACAGAGCAGCAGCAGCAAUUUCAAGAGCAGCACCAGUCCCAGGAGCAACACUUCGAUGGGGACUCUGUUCAGCAACAGAGGCAGGAACAGAAGCAAGAACAGCACAAGUCUCACAAGCCUGAGAAGGAGCACCAAAAGCCCAAGUACGAGCCGAAGAAGGGAAAAGCGGACUGUGAUGAUAAAACUCACAAGCUGUCGGGGAAGUAUAAGCAAAAGCAUCACGAGAAGAAGCACGCCUACGAGAGAGGACUCAAAAAGAUCGACAAGACUUCGACAAAGGAGAAGAACGUGGAGAAAUCAACCACCACGCCUUGUAGUACUCAAAGGCCUAGCACUCACAGGCCCGUUAGUAUUCACACGAAGGAAAAGACAAGUACAGAUUGUGAGGAGAAGAGUACCUUCAAGCCAACCGGCACUCAAAAGCUGAAGGAGACUGGGAAGAAGCCUCACGAGGGUUCUAGUGGAAAAAGCCACAAAGGUCACCAUUGA